AUGCGGAUCGAGGUGUUGCCGAUUUUCGAAGUGUACAUAGGAUUGGAUAAAUUUCGAAAUGUCGAGCUACAUAAUCGAGGAUACUAUCAGAUCCGUCUCUCCCCGAAGCCCAGCACCGAUUUCUCGAUCGAUUUUCGGUGUGAGAGUGGAAACGAGCAGAAACUCGGGGACAGUCUUCUGCCGAGUUCCGUCAAUGAUGGGAUCGGCAUCUCGCGCACCAUCGAGCUGAUCUUCGCUGAUGAAACCCUACAAAUCAACGAUGUUUUCAUCCUUUCAAUACAGGCCCUCACCCGCCCAUGGAUCGAGCUCUUCUCGCUGAAAGUCGGUGUCGAAUUGUGGUUCGCCGACCGGGAUCGCCCACCGGCAAACGAAAAUUUCACGCUGAUCUCCCGUCGGACUCUAGAAAUCGAUCUCUCUGUGAAAAAAGCGCACUGUAUCUUCAGACCAAUCAACUUCGAGUUUUUCGCGUUUUCCUCGUUGACUCUUUUCGCCUCAUCAUCACUUGUCUCAAUGUUGGCCAGAAGAAAGAAAAACCCACCGGAUCCAGGUAUUUCGCUGAAACUGCAGCAAUUCCAUCUGCAAACGGCUCGAGCGCUUCUGAUGUCGAUCAACUCGUUGGAGAGGUUGAUCGCCGCGAACAAAGACCUUCUCAAAACCACAAUUCACAUCGCUGAAACGAGUGUCGAAAAAGAGUUGACGAGGCUAUGCGAGGGAAUCGAGAACUCCAGCUCACCUUGGUGCCAGCUUGAGUCUGAUGCUGUCCGGUUGAGCGCUCGCCUCACCGCCAUCCACUCCCAAUUCGUGAAUCUAUUCACGAAAAACUACGCUUUCAUGGAGAAAAUCGGGCGCUCUUUCGAGGAUUGGCGCUGGCGGAGGAUCGGAGAGCUUUUCUUCUUCACCGAGCAUUCCACUACGGAAAUUGGAUCCGAAACCCUCCACAACUCGACCACGAUCACUCACAUUCACUCCCUUGUCGUCUCGUCGCCGUAUUUUCGUGAUUUCAUCCAUCCACCGCUCUAUUUACCGAAUUUGGACGCUCCACCGCAAUUGUCGCCGAUAAUCUUCGAGCAAAGAUUUCUCCCAUCUGUCUCUGGAGAGAAUUCCCCGUCUUCGGAAGGACCAACUAUUAUCCCAAGGCUCAAGCCCAAAUCCGAAGCCUCUCCGUUGAUCAAAGUGGCUCGGGAAUUGCGAAGUUUCCGUCUCCGUCGCAAGAGUCUCAGCGACGUGAAGAAAUUGGCGGUGAAUGGGGAAAGACGGGGAUCGGCCGGGGAAUUGAUCGUAACCCAACAGGCUACAGUACACCCGAUCACGUCGAACUCAUCGCUGUCGAAUUUCGAGACGAUCGCCCGGGAGGAGAAUGGAACGAGUGAAGCCCCCACACAUUCAAACUGGGAAAUGGAGUCGAUUUUGCCGGUGCUCGAGAAGCGGCUAGUGUUGCGAGAAAAGCUCCGACUCACGUACAAUUAUGAUUUCUGUAUCUACAGUGAAGCGGCCAACCAUUUUCGCCCGCCCCCACAGUGUCAUCCAAAUCGUUUACCCGAUCGGGCCACUCUUUUGGCCCAAUCACCGCACUUGAUUGUCUUCGUUCAUGGAUUGGAAGGAGCCAUGGACGAUUUGAUGCCAUACAAAAAUUUCCUCCGCAUUUCUUUACCAGCUCAACCAAUGCUGUUUUUGAUGAGCAGGUCAAACGAGCUGGAGACGUGGGCUGAUUUAGAGCAAAUGGGCGCGAAUUUGCUUGACGAGGUCACCGAAUACGCGCAGAGUAUGCCGAGGGCGCCGAAUAGGAUUAGCUUCAUCACGCACUCUCUUGGCGGGAUCAUUGUGCGCACGGCGAUCGGCCGAUCCGACGCUGAAUGGCUGCGGGAAAAGGCGCACACCCUCCUCACCCUGAACACUCCACAUUUGGGGCUAAUCUACGCGCCAAAAGUCUCCUCGUUUGGCGUUGCCGUGAUCCAAUGGUGGAAGAAAAGCAGAUCCCUCGAGCAGCUGGCGAUGAAAGACUCGACGAGUCUGCACGACUCGUUUCUGAUGAAAUUGUCGAAAAACAAGAGCCUAUCCGCCUUUAAAAACGUGCUCGUCGUCGGCUCUUCUGGGGACGUCUACGUGCCGGUCCACUCGUCACUUCUCGAAACGUGCAAGCCAAUGCACAAGGACUCAACCCCACUGGGAAACGCCGUUCGCGAAAUGCUCGCCAAUAUUCGCCACGAUUUGGUCACUAGUGAAAAAAAGACGAGAUUCGUGAGAUACACCGUCUUUCACAAAUUGGCCGGCGUGGCGCGAGCUCAUAGAAUAACGGGCAGAGCUGCUCACACCGCCGUGGUCGACGAUGAUCUAUUCAUCGAAAAGUUGAUCGCUGUCUCUGCAUUGAAAUAUUUCAAA